CCGUUUCGGAUUCCUGAUUCCUGAUUAAGUCAUUGAUGAGCUGGCACUGUGGCCUGUGGUCCCGCCUCCAGCUCUAUGAGUGGCUCGAAUACCCAGUUGACAUGAACCGAUCCUGCUUUCAAUUCGUUGCUUUUUUAUCCUAUGGGCCCCCCUCUCCGCUUUUGGGCAACGACCUUGGACCAUACCCCUCCACUAUCCAUCCGUUCCAGAGAGGGGGGUUUUCCUUCCCUUCCUCAGGAGCUUUCAGGAGGCAAACGGCUGAUGAAGGACUCUGACUUGUCCAACGUAUCGGAAGUGGCACGUCGCUUUUGUACAACAAGUGUCUCGCUGGGCCUUUGCGUCAGUCCAUGGAUCUGGCGUGUGUGGAGACUAGUGGCCUUCUAUCCUGGUACUCUGGCGUUUCUUCAAGGGUACAUUCUCAGUCGGCGUGCGCCGGGCCGUUCCAGCUUGCAGCCUCAAGAUGAUCCGCAUGUUCUCCAUGCAACUGGCGUUUCUUAGUUGGAGGAUAAGGGAGGUGGGAAAUUUGCUGACGCUGUGCCAUGUCCACAGCGACAUGCAUAAGCCCGCCUGUUAGCUUUAUUGAUUAGGUUCCGUGUUUGUCACGCCAAAAACUGUCUUGCACAGUGACGCUUUGGAGGGGGGUAUUUUUUUUUUUUCCCUCCCAAUUUUUU